AUGGCUACAUCUCAAGGAGUUAACGUCCUCCGAUACUCCGCUCUCUUCGCGGGUGUCUUUUACGGUUUAUACCACCAGUCAACUCUUAACACACAAGCCCGCGCUGCCCAGAUAGAACGGGAAUACAAGCGACAGGAGUCCUUGAUAGAGCGAGCCAAGACUGAGUUCAAGAACAAGAACUCGCCGCCAAAGAAGGAUGAAAACAGCGUUAUUUCCGAUCCAAACGACCCGCGUUUCGACCUAGAGGCUCUUUUGAAGGCCACUGCGGCUGAGACAGCGAAAUAA